ACCCAAACCUUGUUGCAUAGAUUCUCCAUUAUCAACGUAAAAUAUUAUUGCCAAAUUCGUAUUUAAUUGUGAGCGCGUGGGGCUAUUACCUUGCCUCUGUGUCCUUUUUGGCUCUUCCGUUUUUCUCAAUAUACCUUGGCCGGAAAGCUUGCAACACCUUCGUCACUUUCACAGCUCUCCAUCUUCUUCAGAUUCUACUCUCUCUCUGUUUCUGGCCUUGUGAGUUUUGUUCAAGAUGAACGACCUGCUUACGGAUUCAUUUGUCAGUGAGGCAAGUGCUCAGCCUUCCGGAACAAAUGAUAUCGAAAUGGGAAGGCCAAUUCCCCAUAGCGUGUCUGAUGGCGGAAUGGAUAGUUUCAACAAGCAGAUCCAAGAGGUUGAGAAACAGGUGGAAAAGCUUUCCGGGCUUCUUAAAAAACUUAAGGAUGCGAAUGAGGAGUCGAAGGCUGUUACAAAAGCAUCUGCCAUGAAAGCAAUCAAAAAGCGGAUGGAAAAAGAUAUUGAUGAAGUGGGAAAGAUUGCCCGUGGUGUCAAAGGAAAACUAGAAGCAAUAAGCAAAGAUAACUUAGCCAACCGACAGAAGCCUGGAUGUGAGAAGGGAACAGGUGUUGACAGAUCAAGGAUGAACAUGACAAAUUCAUUGACGAAAAAGUUUAGGGAGAUAAUGAUCGAAUUUCAGACCCUUAGACAAAGAAUCCAAGAUGAAUAUCGUGAGGUUGUGGAGAGAAGAGUCAUUACAGUUACAGGAACUAGACCAGAUGAAGAGACAAUUGACAAUCUAAUAGAAACUGGAAAUAGUGAGCAAAUAUUCCAGAAGGCAGUCCAAGAACAGGGACGAGGACAGGUACUAAAUACUUUGGAAGAAAUUCAAGAGAGGCAUGACACCGUAAAAGAAAUUGAGAAGAAGCUUCUUGACUUGCAUCAGAUCUACCUCGAUAUGGCAGUAUUGGUUGAUGCUCAAGGAGAGGUUUUAGAUAACAUUGAAACUCAGGUUUCGAGUACAGUUGAUUAUAUGCAAUCUGGGACCACUCAACUUCAAAAUGCAAAGAAACUCCAGAAGAACUCCAGAAAAUGGAUGUGCAUUGCCAUCAUGAUUCUUUUAAUUAUAGUAGCUGUUAUAGUUGUCGGUGUCCUCAAACCAUGGAAAAGCAGCUAGGGUGCUUGAGUCUACCCUAUUCUUUUCACCGUGUAAUAUAGGACCGUAAAUGAGUUGGUUGGGGAUUAUUUUAUAUUCACAUCUGUGAGGAUCGAAGAGUGUGUCUUAGUUACUUGGUUGUGAUUCUUUAUGGUCCUUUCUUCUUCCUUUUUGGCUUUUGAGUGAUUCAUUUUGUGUGUGUACUUUUGUGAAGUUUGGUUUAUUGAUGGUGGUGUGUAUUUCAGAGUAUGGAUUUAAAAUGAUUGUAUAGUUGGCCUAAUCAAAGGGAUGGCUUUGGUUCAAACCAUUUCAGUUUCCUUGCAGAAA